CGAAGACGUCCGAUGUUCUGAGCCCAUUGCGGACCAUUGGGACAGUCGUCAGCUCUUGAUCGUCACGCCUGCAUCUACCGUUCCAUUUCUUCUUCUUGCGCAUUCUCCAUCAUGUUUCGUACAGCGUUCCCGCGUGCAGUCGCAGAGGUCCGACUCUCCAAAGCACUACCAGCGAAGCUCCCCACUAGAAGCUUGACAGCUCGACCGCUCGGUGCAUCCAGCAACACCACCUCCGCUCUCCCACGAUCGAUACGAACUUUCGCCAGCACCGCCAGAAUGGGUAGAAUAGAAAGCGAUGCCUUCGGCGAGCUCGAAGUGCCCGAUGACAAGUACUGGGGAGCGCAGACGCAGCGCUCGCUCGGCAACUUCAAUAUCAACCAGCCACAGGAUCGCAUGCCACCGCCGAUUGUGCGCGCAUUCGGUGUGCUGAAGGGCGCUGCGGCGACGGUGAACAUGAAGUUUGGAUUGGACCCCAAGCUUGGAAAGGCUAUUCAGCAAGCAGCCAGCGAGGUCGCAUCGCUGAAGCUAGUGGACCACUUUCCACUGGUUGUAUGGCAGACUGGAUCAGGCACACAAUCAAACAUGAAUGCGAACGAAGUCAUCUCGAACCGCGCAAUCGAGAUCCUGGGCGGCAAGAUGGGCAGCAAGAAGCCUGUGCACCCCAACGACCAUGUCAACAUGUCCGCAUCCUCCAACGAUACAUUCCCUACGGUUAUGCAUAUUGCCGCGGUCCUGGACUUCGAAGAAUCUCUCCUGCCAGCUCUCAAGAACCUGAAAGAAGCAAUGAAGCACAAGGCCGCACAAUUCGAGAACAUCAUCAAGAUUGGACGAACACACUUGCAAGAUGCCACUCCUUUGACACUCGGCCAGGAGUUCUCCGGCUAUGUCACCCAACUCGAAUACGGCAUUGAGCGCGUAGAAUCCGCCCUCCCACGUCUCCGCCUCCUCGCCCAAGGAGGAACCGCAGUCGGCACCGGCCUCAACACCUUCGAAGGCUUCGCCGAAGACAUCGCAACCGAAGUAACCAACCUCACCGGCCACCAAUUCUACACGGCUCCCAACAAAUUCGAAGCCCUCGCCGCGCACGACGCCAUCGUCGAAGCCCACGGCCACCUCAACACCCUCGCCACCUCUCUCUACAAAAUCGCCCAAGACAUCCGCUUCCUGGGCUCAGGUCCCCGCUGCGGUCUAGGAGAACUCAACCUCCCCGAAAACGAACCCGGCUCCUCCAUCAUGCCCGGAAAAGUCAACCCCACCCAAUGCGAAUCCCUCACCAUGAUCUGCUGCCAAGUCUUCGGUAACCAAGCCGCCACAACUUUCGCAGGCUCACAAGGAAAUUUCGAACUCAACGUCUUCAAACCCGUCAUGAUCCGUAACCUCCUCCAUUCUUCUCGCCUUCUCGCCGAUGGAAUGAACAGUUUCCGAGAGAAUUUGGUUCUCGGUCUCGAAGCCAACGAGGAACGUAUUGCAACUAUUAUGAAGGAGAGUUUGAUGUUGGUUACAUGUUUGAACCCUGUGAUUGGAUAUGAUAUGGCGUCCAAGGUGGCCAAGAAUGCGCACAAGAAGGGUAUUUCAUUGAAGGAAAGUGCGAUGGAAUUGAAGGCUUUGUCGGAGGAGAAGUUUGAUGAGGUUGUCAGGCCUGAGCUUAUGAUUGCGCCAAAGGCGAAGAAAUAGACGCCAUGCCAUGUUUAGCGGAAAAAGAAUGUGCAGGAAAAUGUGUACAAUGAGACGAUAUUUAUUCGAUGAAAGCAUUUCGUUGUACAUUUUCAAAUCUUCACCUCCCUGUCGUUGCUGCCACUCCGUGGAGCUCUUGUCAAUAGGCUGACAAGUAGUACAGCGGAGGUCAAUUGGUGGCAGAGAAUAGAACAAUGUCACGAUGUGUAAAAGCGGAACCG